AUGGCGGACAAACCAAAGAGAACAGCAACUGGCAGUACAGAUAAACCACCUUCAAUCAAAAGGAAAACUGUGACAAAAGCCAUAAAGGGCUCCGGCCAAGUUCAUACCGAUAUAGACAUAAAGACAGCAGAGUUACCAACUCAGGAAACACAGGGUGAAAAGGUUUUGAACCUCUUGGAAAUAGAGGAAGCCGAAAAACUGCACCACCAGACAGGGUGGAGUGCAGAAAAGGAUGAACAGGGACCGCAGACCUCAGACUUGCUUCACUCUUCACCAAAUCUCGACGAGGCAACAUCAUCAUCUCCUGUGUUAUCAAGGACUGGUGCAAGCCUCUUACGAAUACGCACACAGAUUAAACAGGCGAGGGCUGCAGAAGCCAAAGAAGCCCUAAAAACGUUGUCGGAGACUGAAGACACCGCAGAGUCGGAUAUUGACAGUGGAGACACUAACACGUCCCUCAAUACUUCCACGAGGUCGAUUGGAGGAAACCGGAUGCUCCUUAAUGAUUUGCCCAGACAUGCCAAUGAAGUGCUGCAAAGAACGAAGGCAGAGCUGGAAAAAUCUGGAAAUCUAAAGAGGGAAAUCCGGGAAAGUGUCGUCUCGGGGAUGUAUACAUUAUAUGAAAUGGUCCUCAAAUUGUCUGAUUCGAGAAUUUUACACAUUCUUGAAUCCAGCAAACAAAAACUAAAUGUCUCACGUGAAUCAGAAAGGCUCACACAAAGGCAUGCAAGGUUCAUGCACGAGACUUUAGGACAAUAUGCUAACUUAAAAGAGAACGUAGAAAAGCUUUUGAAAGAAACAGAAUCUACCCGAUCAAUUGUCUCGUAUGACCUUUGUGAGGCGGUAACGGCAACAAAGAAAGAAAUCAUCAAUGUACGUAAAGAUCUCACCCUAGGUUCAUCCAUCUCGAGUCAGAUGCAAUUCUUGAUGGAGGAACUAAAGCAACUUCGGGCGAACACCGACGCCCUUAAGAACCCUACUCGUCAAGAAAUUGACUUAUCUCGCUUCGCCGAAGAGCUGCAGGAACUCCGUCAGGCGGUUUGA